AUGUUACGGGCAGUUUCUGUCGAUUUUCCAGUAACCUGGAGAUCGCUGAAAGAUGUUGUAUAUAAGUUGAUUCGUUGUGACUAUGUUGACAGAGAUUUGUGGAAUUCUAGUUUUGGUGAUGUUUACAGUUUGUGUACUUCAAGUCCAGUUUCUCAUGCGUCAACUUUGUACAAAUCUACUACGACCCUCAUCAGUGAGAGGGUUGAAGAAAUUGCAGCCGAGCUAGAGAUAUUGAGUGACUCUGAACUACUUCCUAUGUAUGUUAAAUACUGGGAAUCCUACCAUCGUGGACUUACUUACUUAGAUAUUCUAUAUAGGUAUAUGAAUACGCAACACGUCAAGAAUUUGAGGCCAUCGGAAGCAGAUAUGUGUUAUGGUGCGGCACUUCCAAUGGUAGACCAACAUACAAUGGAGAUCCUGGAGGUAGGCCUUGCUUUCUGGCGACUUUACCUGAUCGACUGUAUAAAAACCCGUCUAUCUUCCUGUUUGAUGCGAGAAGUUUUGAAUGACAGGAUGGGUAUCUGUGGACAGCAAAGUAGCGUACAUCAGUGUUUAGCUUCCUUCCUAAGAGUUGGAGAACUAAGAGACUUUGAAAGAGCUGGGAUGGAGAUAUACAACCAAAUAUUUCAAAACCCUCUUAUUGAUGCAACUCGAUCCUUUUACUCUCAGUGGGCAUGCCAAAGAGAGUCAGAAUUGGGAUGUGCUCAGUAUGUAACUGAAGCCCUAGCUUUACGAGCAGAAGAACACAAUCGUGCUAUGCAAUACUAUAAAUGUUCGCUAUUACCAAUACAAAGUUUGUUCCAGGAAAUAAUUGUUGAACAGCGUUUAAAUUUCCUUAACAUGAAUGUACGGUAUGUUAUUGCAGAAGAAGAUAAAUCUAAUUUACGAAAUCUCUUUCAAUUGCUAUCUCCAAACAAUCUUUGUAGCGAACUUCUACACUGCUUUGGUGAGCACGUUCGAACAAGUAUCAUAGAAGCAAUUUCCAAUCUUCCGAAAGAUACUUCUUUAACACAGGUUCAUUUUAUUGAGAGUCUUCUAAAUCUUCGAAGCAGAUUUUUGGACUAUAUUGAUGAUGUUUUUGAUGGAAAGGCCGCUUUUCGUAAUCAAAUGGAUAAAGCUUUCAAUUUGGCUGUGAAUGGUCGUGUACCAUCUUCGAGUAUCCUAGCUUCAACAUCUCGGCAGAUGAACUGUAGACCAUCAGAACUGUUAUGUCGGUAUAUGGAUUCUUUACUGCGUAAAUCUGUGAAAACAAUGUCCAGUUCAGAGGUUGAAAAUAAACUUACAGCUUCAAUAGCUAUUUUCAAGUAUAUUGAUGAUAAAGAUCUUUUUCAAAAGUAUUAUCAACGUCUGUUGUGUAAAAGACUAGUGUUUAAUUAUUCUUCAAUGUUGGAACUUGAAGAGUCUGUGAUUAAUCAAUUGAAAACUGUUUGUGGUUAUGAGUUUACAUCAAAAUUUCAACGAAUGUUCAGUGAUGUUCAAUUAAGUCCUGAGUUGAACCGAAAAUUUACAGAAUAUUUACAAUCAAAAGAUAUACAUUUCACAUUUGGUCAUCACUUUCAUGUUCUAACGCAAUGUUCGUGGCCAAUCACACUUAGCGGAGCUACUGAUUUUCUCCUCCCACUUGAAUUAUAUACCUGUACUUAUCACUUUGAAGAAUUUUACGCUGCUGCUCAUCAAGGAAGAAAAAUGAGAUGGGCGCAUAGUUAUUCGACAGCAGAAAUUCAAGUACUUUUCACUGAUAAAGCUUAUCAAAUUCAAGCUCCAGCAAUUCACGCUGCUAUUUUACUCUUUUUUGAUCAUAUCGACUCAGAUCGUGUGACAGUCAAAGACCUACAUUUCGGGUUACAGCUAACAACAUCUGAAGGUCGGUCUAUUUGCAGUGAAAAUAAUCCUGCAUGCAACCGAAGUGCUCCUACUACUGAGUCCAGAGUUACCAGUAAGAUGCAGACCUGUUCUCAAGAUUUGGUCGACUCUUCAUGCGAACUAGAUUUAAUUCAAAGACUUUUAGCACCAUUGCUUGAGCUAAACAUAAUUUUUAUUGAAUCAGAUGGAGGGCAAAGUAAUCCUUCUUUGAAUAAUACUGUAACAAUGGAAAGUACUAUCGCCUUAAACCGUUUCUUCACAAACAAACGUUUGAAACUAAGAGUGAAUUUCGGCUCACAAGGAAAAGAGUCGAAUCAGUCCGAAGCUGAUCAAGUCGAUCGUCAAGUGAACGAAGAUCGACGUUACUUCAUACAAGCAGCCAUUGUACGUAUUCUUAAAGCCAGGAGACAAAUAAAGCAUAGCGCUCUCAUUGAAACUAUUUUACAACAGGCAAGCAACCGUUUCCAACCUCCGAUACCCCUGAUCAAGCGUUGUAUUGAAGGCCUAAUAGAUACCGGCUAUCUAGAAAGAAACCCAGAUGAUCCCGAUCAAUACAGUUAUCUUGCAUAA